AGCCGAGCCCCUCUCGAGCAUCGUCUGCAUAAACUCGUUUGUUUCGGUCGCUGUGGGACGCAUUGUUUCGUCACUGCUUACCCACAGAGAACGUCAUUUGUGUGCGUGCGGCGAUCGCUGAUGGUCUCGGAGUGGUUCGUUGUGUUCUUGUUCGGGAACUCCGGUCUCUGUGCGCGUAGAACUGGCUUGCAGCAAGAGCAUCGCCACCGCUGCAAAAAGAUAUCAAUCCGGCACUAGGCAUGGCCUUCCUGCGUGGAUUUCUGGACAACCUGAGGUCCAAUCGCAUGGAGCCAGAGCCUAACAAGGUGCUGGAAGUGAAACCAGACGAGUAUGCCCUCUGCAACAUCCUUGCCCGCGAAGACUCGCUGGUGGUCUACCAGUACCCGGCCAGCACGCCCGUUGCCGAGGAUUCAGUCUCGUACGAUGUGGUGCUUCACAAGGACAUUACGCGAUCCCCUCAUGCAGCUUUCAGCCUUCUGCGCACCAAGGACCAAGUGGCGGCCGAGAUGUUCUUCAUGCUACUCAAGGACAAGCUGCCCCUGCUGCUGGAGUGUGUGCCCGACCUGCUCACCAAGGAGCUGGUGCAGGAGGUGGUGCAACUGGUGCGCUCCAACCCCACCUGGAACCUGGCCCACCUGGCCGCUCACCUGGGACUGGUCGACUGCUUCAAGAACACUCGGGUGGCUGCGCAAAUAUCGGAGCCUGCCCAGGACACUAUGGCCACACCCCUCCACGUAGCAGUGCGCGCCCAGAAGCUCAACUCUGUCCAAGUUCUCAUGGCCAUGGAUGCACCACUCAAUCUGAUCGACCACAACGGUGACACCAUCUACCAUGCUGCGGCUGUCACCACCAAGGAGCUCAUCAAGGCGCUGGGCUCCAGGCCUGCCCCAGUUGCUGUCAUCAACCAGGUCAACAAUGAUGGCUACACGCCUCUCCAGCUGGCAUGUCUCACGGACAAGCCAGAGUGUGUCCGCGAGCUACUCAAAGAGGGCGCAGACGUCAACUCUGCCUCUGUUAACCUGGCCGAUCGAAACAACAGCACCUGCCUAGGACGAGACAACGUUGAGCAGAAUGUCCACAACUUCCAGCUUGAGGACAUGAAGCACGGUGGCACUCCGCUCCACUGGGCCAAAACCACGCAGUGCCUGGAGACCAUGAUCGACCUUGGCUGUGACCUGGAUGCCAAGAACUUCCAGGGGAACACCGCCCUGCACAUCAUGGUUGCCAGAGGUCGGUUAAGCUGUGUCAUCAGCCUGCUCAGUCACGGUGCCAACGUCAACGCCAUUGGGAGCGACGGUGACUCGCCUCUACAUGUAGCCGUGCGGGUGGCGGUGCCCAACCAUGAAAACUGGUCUAUAUUUCUCGAGCAGAGCGAUGUGUCGCUGAUACACGCGCUGAUCGUGUUUGGGGCGGACGUGAACCAGCGGAAUCAGAAGGGCGAGACGGCGCGGCACCUGGCAGCUGUGUCCAAACUGAGCAAGAAGGAUGCCGUGCUGUACACGCUGCAUGCAGUCGGGGCACAACGCUGUGAGCAAGAGCGCGGCUGCAGUGACGGCUGCAACCCCACGGGCACCUUCGACGGGGCCCCGCCCGACAAGCCAGACUUCCUGCGGACAGCUCGCUUGUACGACGAGUUGAUGGGAGCGUCAAUUGUGCGAGAGGCGGUGCAGCGACGACUGCAGGAACGGCGCGAGGGACGACAGCAGCCGCGCAGUCGCGUGCUAUGUCUAGAUGGAGGCGGCAUCCGUGGCCUCAUCAUCAUCCAGAUGCUGGUUGCCCUGGAGGCCAUCAUUGGGCAGUCAAUCCUGGACUGCUUUGACUGGGCGGCCGGAACCAGCACGGGAGGUGUCCUGGCACUUUUGCUGGCACGGGGAAAAACCCCCCGUCAGUGCCUUCAGCUCUACUUCAGCCUUAAAGACAAGGUGUUCACGGGUACACGACCGCAUGAUGCCGACUCUUUAGAAAAAUUUCUUCAGCGAGAGUUGGGUGAGGACACCGUGAUGACGGACAUCAAGCACCCCAAGUUGAUGAUAACGGGCGUUCUUGCGGACCGACAUCCGGCAGCACUGCACCUCUUCCGCAACUAUGAUUCACCAAAGAAGAUCCUCGGAGUUGCAGAGGACGAGUCUGAAUUUCCAUCAUGCACGCCGCCACAUGAGCAGCUGGUGUGGCGGGCGGCACGAGCGUCGGGGGCAGCGCCCACCUAUUUCCGGCCAUUUGGGCGCUUUCUCGAUGGUGGGCUCAUCUCCAACAACCCGACCUUGGACGCCAUGACGGAGAUCUGCGAGUACAAUGAGGCCCUCAAGGCGACGGGCCAGGUGGACAAGGUGCGACCCCUGGGUGUCAUCGUGUCGCUGGGCACCGGCAAAGUGCCUGUGGUGCCAGUGACGGUCAUUGACAUGCUCCACAUGGGCACGGGCAUCCUGGGUGCCGCCAAGAUGGCCUUUGGAGCUAAGGCGCUCGGACAGCUCAUCAUUGACCAGGCCACACAAGCCAAUGGCCGGCUCGUUGACCGGGCACAGGCCUGGUGCCACACGAUCAAUGUGCCCUACUUCCGCCUCAACGCCCCCAUAUCCGCGGACGUGUGCCUCAACGAGACCGACAACAAGCUGCUAGUUCGGGUGCUCUGGGAGACUCUAGUCUAUAUGCGAGCUCGUCGCGCCGAACUCGAUGAGCUCGCCGAACUUCUUCGGCCCUGAGCGACUUGGGCCAAUGGACGCUCAAAAUCCUGUUCCAUCCCGUGACGCCACCACCUCGGGCCCUAGGGCCAGCCACCUGACACGGCUUGUGCAGACCGAAAGGGGUAGUGUGAUGCUUCUGGCCUUUCUAUCCUGAACAUCACCAAUUCGUGGCUGCUAAGCAGUCGGCAAAGGCUGGAGGCGCUUGGGCUGUUGUUUCAAAUUAUGUCAAUUUAUAGUUUGUUAUAUAAUUAUAUAGAGAAGGAUCAACAAAUUCUUCAUUUAUUUUUAUCGCAUGGUGUGAUAGAUGUGUAGUCAGUAACAAUGUGUUUUUUUUUCUAAAUCUACCACCCAGUUUUACGUAUACCGAAAGGUUCUGUCUGCAUUUAUGUUUGCCCUCCAGUGUUCUAGCUGGCUGCAUGUAAAAUUCCACAGAAUUCCACGUUUGAGUGUUUGUUUAUAAAAUGCUCUCAGAUCUUCGCAAUUUGUGUAUCCCAUACACUUUUUUGAAAACUUGCGCACGCGCACUCUGUAUGUGCCAGUGAAUUUUGCAUACAAGUCGAUGUGUCGCUUCGAUUUGCUAUCGCUAUUCGACACAGUUGAAGGUUCUUGGGACUGGCGUCUUUGAAUGUGCCUCAGUAGAUAAAAAAAAAUUCUUUGCAUUAUUUAUUUAAAAAAUAAAACCAGAUUUGAUGCAGUAGCCUGCUCAGAAAUUGCUUAUUGCAUUGUCUUCUUGAUGACUCGUGGCUAACUCCACCCAAAAAUCUGAUUUGCAUAACAAGUGCACAUCCGCAAAUAUUGCUGGGCAAAUGAUCUUCUGUGCAAAGCAUGUGCUGUCUGCAACUGUUUGCUGUCAGUGUCGAAUGAAGAAAGCACACAUUUAAUCGAUUUCAGUGCACUCAAUACUCGCAAUCUGUGACCAGCUAAGGUUCUAGCUUGCUAUACGACUGCUUUAUGUGACUUGCAUUCUAACUAGUGGUAUAGAACCAGCAUUGAGCUUCUGUUGCUACUGUGGGUGUGUUUCAAGCUAAGUAAGUGCGAUGCCACAAUGAGGUUUGACAACUCCUGCAAGCUGCCCUAAUGCUAAGGUUGAAUGCAACAUCAUGGGUGUUCAGAGAAGCACAGUUCGAUUUGCUAUUUCUCUAUUUCAACUAAAUUUUUAUGACAGCGAAAUCCCUCCACACAUCAGAACCGAGCUUAUUUUUUCAGUGCACGCUAUUGUUUCAGCAUGAAAAAGUCUUUAACUGAGUCAAGGUGGAAAGCUUGCCAUUUCUUGUUUGUCUGGUGGGCUUGCACAGACAAUUGAGUGUAUUUUAUUUUCAUUAUCAAAUUUUUCUGUGACACAGCAAUAUCCCUCCACAAAGUCGAACCUGAGUUUUUCACCUUAUGCCUUUGUUUCAGCAUGAAAAAGAUCUUAACUGAGACAAGGUGGGAAAUGAUUUUCUAUGCUUUCAUACUUCGUAAGCCUACUUUCAUCCAAUUUCGCAGUCCCGGGAUGGCGACUCAAUUUCUCUCUCUCUCUCUCGCGCGCGUGGCCUUAUUUCUAAAAUCAUCAUCAUCAGCCUAUAUUUAUGUCCACUAGUAGGCUUACGAAGUAUGAAAGCAUAGAAAAUCAUAAUUUUUUUUUGCGUAAGACUCUCUCAAAGUUAGAACAUCAUGCAACUGUGUAAGCCACAUUUCCCACCUUAUCUCAGUUAAGAUCUUUUUCAUGCUUAAACAAAGGCGUAAGCUGAAAAAGUCCAGUUCCAAUUUGUGGAGGUAUUUCGCUGUGUCAUAUAAAAAUUUUGUUGAAAUAAAAAAAUAAUCAGGACCCCCUCUAGAUGUCCUUAUUGAAUACACCCAGUGGUCACUGCACCUGAGAUGCAAUCAGUCAUGGGAGUUCUCUGAGCUUCGACUAGUUGUUAUAAAUGUGGAGUGAGAAUGACUUGCGUUACACUGCGACACAUUUGUUCCAGAAUUAUGGAAUGUGAUGACUUGCGUUUCAUGCCGAGCACACCACAGAUCAGUCACGGCUCACUGCCUUGUUUCACUCUGGAUAUUACCAUGAUCAGAUGUAAGCACUUCAACUAGAGUGCAAGGCAUCAGACUUGCACAAGAAGUUGGUGACAGUAAGCAACUCCGAGUGCUCAUUCAUUUCCUGCAAUGCAGGAAUAAGGCACAAGCAGUUCGCAUCUGCUGAGUGAACCCAUUGCUCGAAACCUUGCAUACCAAGUUUCUGAGACAUUGUCAUGGUUGCUAGAAAGAAGACAAGUGCUGUACAAAACUGCUUUUCAAUAUUUUAUGCAUUUUAAUGGCACGGUCAGUAUAGUGUGCCCCACUGGUGCUGCUACGUAGAUGUAGGCAAAUUGUUUUUGCGUGUGCUGGUACUAUUGCCAUUCAGAGCACAUGCACGUGACUGGCAGGGCACGCAUUUUUAAUUGCCUAAGCACAAACUGCACACUGUUGCAACAUCUCUUUCUAGAAUCUCUGUGAAAAACUCUGCGUUAGUUACCACUGUACAAUACUUUUCAACAGAUGGUUCUCGUGAUUGCUGCUACUUGUGUAUGCCGAUUGCAUAUAUGCUGGGUCCAUCUUCACGUAGCUUGUUUGGUAUUCACACCUCACGGACACCAGCGAGGUGUUUUUCUUGGAUGGCUCCGUCCGCUGUCUCUGAAACUCGCAGUUUUUCUUAUGUGAGCAGUGUCUGGCUGCCAGACCUGCUAGCACUUCUAUUUUUAUCUGGCAGCACCUUGGAAGCACUGUGAGAGAUGACUGCAUGUGUGCCGAGGUUUAGCAAAAUUGCAACGUGGGCAACCAACUUGCGGGAGUACUGACACAAACAUGAAAUUCUUGUGCAGCUUGGUUGGUUUCUCUGUAGCAUGGAUGGUUGUCUCCAACAAAACAUUAACGGCUAACGUUGCUUAGAACAUACGUAGUUUCAAAAGGCUGUGUGGCUAUCACAGAUUUCAGCAGAUCUGGCAAGAACAGUUGUUGAAAUAACCUCAUGCGUGAUUAUGACAAGGUUGAGGAUGAGCCUAGGCACGCAUACCAGAAUACACAACCGCAAACAGUGGUGCAGGUAAUGACAUCCUGUGACAGGGUGAUAACACAUUGGACGCAUUACUGACGAGCCUCUGAAUAAAAAAAAAAAAAAAGAAAGGCUACCCUUGAGACAGUUAUACCACUGCCAACAUGUUUACACUUUCAGACGAGCAAAAUGACGGUCAUUUUCUCAAGAUUACUGUACACUUUGGUUGAACGUAGCUUCAAGUGAAAACAAUGCUUUGUACAUCAGUACACACCUCUGCUAUGCUAAGUGUUUUUCACAGGUAGUAUGUCGGAUAGUUUGCUAUUCAGGGUAUGAUCAGUUUGCAAAUUUUUGCAUCAUUGGUUUAUGGCACUUUUGUAAGUUUUAAACCUACUACAAUUAAUUAAAUUCAAUGUAGUUUACAUACAGAAUAGCUACAUUUCAGGCUGUUAACAGAGAGAAAAAAAAAUAUCUUGCAUGAUGACAGCGAAGAUGCAGACUGUAAUGACACAGCAUAGUAUGUGUGACCAGCAGACAAAUUCUGCAUCUUGCACACCAUUAGUGCAUAUCACUGAUUUACGACUGAACACAACCACCAGUUGUGUAUGCAUCAACAUAGAUUUAGGCUAGCUACAUCCUGGUGAACUUGACGCUCAUUUUGAAUCAAAGCCAGGUCAGUCACAAUGAUAAUCAUAGCAGUGGAGCAAGCAUGAACCUGCGAUUAUUCUGUCUACAGUUACUCGUAAAAGAGAGAGAGAAAAAUAAUGUCAUUACUCCUUCGGAAGCUGUUUACAUUUAGUCGAACCUCGAUAUAUUGAAGCUCGAUUUAACGAAAUUUGCGAUGUAACGAACUAUUUUUAUUUCCCCCUCUUAGUUCUAUUGAAUUAACGAAACCUCGAUAUAACGAAAUUCUUGAUAUAACGAAGUUUUUCGCUGCAAGUACAACUUCGUUAUAUCGAGGUUUGACUGUAUUACACAUAAAGGUUCUGUUCAGCAUACUACAAUGAAGAACACUUGUACAAUUUUAACUCAAUUUUGAUGCCUCCUCUUAUAUAUUUCUCAAGCACAUCGUGUUGCAUCUGCGUGUAGGGCUGCAUUUACACAGGUUACCUAGUGAGCAGCCUCUCUUCACAACUUUAUGAAAUGCGUUGAGAGGUGAUUCUUCGGUAGGAAGUGCCAUUAUUUGCAAGUGGAGCAUUUUUGCCAUUUGGAGGGUGGCAAGUAGGGAGCUUCUGCAAGCUCUAAGCAGGCGUGGCUAUUUCAUUUGCCAAGCUGAGAGGGGCUUAAGCGCCCUAUGUACUUGCACGUGUGCUGGACUGCUCGCACUUGCGAUGCACGGAAUGGUUUACUACAUAUCCAUCGAAGAAAUUUACCUCCCUUGAAAUGUAAGCGACCCCUUAUGCACCAUAUAAAACUUCUGUAACUUCAGCACAAUGGAAUGCUAAACUAGCCCGCUCUCAAGCUUUGCAUUGCUUUUGCUUUGGCUAGUGUGAUUGACAGACACAGGGUUGUCACGCAUGUAUAAUAGCGCGCGCAAGGCAUUUUCACACAGUAAGAAAGACUCCACGUCUUCUAGUGUAACCAUGGCUCACUUCAUCUAAAGCAAUGGCCUCUGCAUAAACAGCGAAGGCGAGACGCUGUGGCAGUGCUGUUUUGGUUGUGCCUCUUUAAACUCGCAUUGCUAUGCAGAUUGAGUGAGAAUUU